CUUAUUAUAUGCGUUGCGGCGUGAUUAUUAUAAAGUCACAUCUAUAAGAAAAAUAGUAAUUGUGCAUUUAAAGCAUCAAAAUUGCUGAAGUUUAUUGAGAGAUUAAAAAGCAAAAGCUAUAUAGUUAUUUUUGAAUUAUUUAAGUUCAUGGCAGGAAACGUCAUCGAGCUGCAGUUACCUUGUUGAGGCCUUCCAAGUUUCUAUUUGCGAUUUUAUAUUUCUGUUGUUAGUCCUGUUGCAGUAAUGGCCGCUAUAGUCAGCGAAUCGUCAGGUGUGAAUGGAAAUAAAAGAAGCAAAACCAAUGACCUUAAUAUAACUACCGCCGUUGCUUUGCAAAGUUUAGCAGAACUGGCUCACAGAGAAUAUCAAGCCGGUGAUUAUGAGAAUGCAGAACGUCACUGCAUGCAACUAUGGCGUCAAGAUCCAAAUAAUACCGGUGUCCUUUUACUUUUGUCUUCAAUACAUUUCCAGUGUAGAAGACUUGAUAAGUCAGCUCAUUUUAGUUCACUAGCAAUCAAACAAAAUCCUAUGCUUGCUGAAGCAUAUUCAAAUCUUGGAAAUGUUUACAAAGAAAGAGGUCAGUUGCAAGAAGCUCUGGAAAAUUACCGUCAUGCUGUGAGACUGAAGCCAGAUUUCAUUGAUGGCUACAUUAAUUUAGCUGCUGCAUUGGUUGCUGCCGGGGAUAUGGAGCAAGCUGUACAAGCAUAUGUGUCUGCUUUGCAAUACAAUCCUGACCUGUAUUGUGUUAGGAGUGAUUUAGGUAAUCUUUUAAAAGCACUAGGGAGAUUAGACGAAGCUAAGGCUUGCUACUUGAAAGCCAUCGAAACCUGUCCAACGUUUGCUGUUGCCUGGAGCAAUUUAGGUUGUGUUUUCAAUGCUCAAGGAGAAAUUUGGCUAGCUAUUCACCAUUUUGAAAAGGCUGUGGCAUUAGAUCCGAAUUUUCUUGAUGCAUAUAUUAAUCUUGGAAAUGUGUUAAAAGAAGCCAGAAUUUUUGACAGAGCUGUUGCAGCAUAUCUGCGAGCUUUAAAUCUGAAUCCUAGCAAUGCUGUUGUGCAUGGAAAUUUAGCUUGUGUCUAUUAUGAGCAAGGAUUAAUAGAUUUGGCAAUUGAUACAUACCGAAGAGCUAUAGAACUUCAGCCUAAUUUCCCUGAUGCUUAUUGCAAUCUUGCAAAUGCUUUGAAAGAAAAAGGCUUAGUUAAUGAAGCUGAAGAUUGUUAUAAUACUGCACUUCGUCUAUGUCCAACACAUGCAGAUUCUUUGAAUAAUCUGGCAAAUAUUAAGCGAGAGCAAGGUUUCAUUGAAGAAGCAACUAGAUUGUAUCUCAAAGCACUAGAAGUUUUCCCAGAAUUUGCAGCAGCUCACUCUAAUUUGGCUAGCGUAUUACAACAGCAAGGAAAACUAAAUGAAGCUCUGAUGCAUUAUAAAGAAGCUAUACGAAUUUCUCCUACUUUUGCUGAUGCUUACUCAAAUAUGGGUAAUACACUUAAAGAAAUGGGAGAUAUUCAAGGUGCUUUGCAGUGCUACUCGCGUGCUAUACAGAUAAAUCCUGCAUUUGCUGAUGCACAUAGCAAUUUGGCUUCCAUCCAUAAAGAUUCUGGUAAUAUUCCAGAAGCCAUUGCCUCAUAUCGUACUGCUUUGAAAUUAAAACCUGAUUUUCCUGAUGCAUAUUGUAAUCUUGCUCAUUGUCUGCAAAUUGUCUGUGAUUGGACUGAUUAUGAAGCACGCAUGAAAAAGUUAGUAUCUAUAGUUGCUGAUCAGUUGGAGAAAAAUAGAUUACCUUCUGUUCAUCCUCAUCACAGUAUGCUAUAUCCCCUUUCUCAUGAGUUUCGAAAAGCCAUAGCAGCUCGCCAUGCCAAUUUAUGUUUAGAAAAGAUACAAGUUCUUCACAAGCCACCCUAUCAACACCCAAAAGAACUGAAAGGAAAGGUUUUAAGAAUAGGUUACGUUAGUUCUGAUUUUGGAAACCAUCCAACUUCACAUCUUAUGCAGAGUGUACCUGGAAUGCACAACCAAGAUAAAGUAGAGAUAUUUUGUUAUGCUCUAAGCCCUGAUGAUGGCACUACAUUUAGGUCGAAAAUUGCCCAAGAAGCUCAUCAUUUUGUUUUGAUUUAUCCCAGGUAUCCUUUUUGAAUGAUUUAGUAUUGUUUAUAGCGAC